AUGAGUACACUACGUCGUCGGUUAUCGGUUUUGGGGAGGUUCUUCUCCGUUUGUCUUGCCCUGGUAGCUGUGGCGCCGAAAGGAGCUCACUGCGAUCACGACAGCAAUCCUAGUGUGGCCCCAGACACCGAGCGUACCUGCAAUGCGAACGAGAUUCGGGAGGACAAAAAGAUUCUUCCUUUGAUUCUCGAACCUAAGGCGACGAGCAUUUCGUUCAAAUGUGCGGCUGAUUCGACAGCGCUCGAGCCAGCAGAAAAUCAGGUGUUCGUGGACGAGAUCUGCAGCAUCUCACAGCAACUCACGCAGGCGUGCGCCACUGCGAGCCUAGAGCGAGGCACAUCCCCCACGGAGACGCACACUUUGAAGGUCAACACGAAGCCAGCCCAAGACACGCACUUGUAUUUCAAGUGCAAAGCAGCAAAUGUGUCCGCACCCCGAGUCGGAGGCGGCGGAAGUUUCGGGAAUCCGCAGUCCGAAAAAAAGGACUGCAUCGUUAAGAUAACUGUCAAGGGCGUCAGUCCUGCCACCAUCGUCCCUACCGCCCACAUCUGCGAUCCGAAGGAACAGACAGACGAUUCAGUGAACCUGAAGGAAGUGACCCUUGAGGCGGACAAGCAAAGCAUCGACUUCAGUUGCGGUAACGAAGCAGGCGCACAGCUCACUCCUGCGACGAGCCUGAAGAAGUUUUGCACGGAUGAGGGCUGCCAGGAGCAGAAAGAGCUCUCCUCGGUCUGGAGUGACGCUGCACUGACGACGGCAGGCUCUGGUGCUGCGACGAGUUACACGCUCAGCAUCAGGUCGGAGCGCAAGGAGGACAAGGAUAUCUACUACAAAUGCAGCGUGCCCGCAAGUAACAAAACCAAGGUGGAGGAGGAUGGUGCAACUGGCAAGGAGAAGAGCUGUGUCCUCAAGAUCACAGUGAAGUCUGGCGAGACGUCAUUAGCAGCUGCGUUGAUGGCGGUUUCGUCUUGUCUUGUCGGGCAGAUCAUACUGGGCCUCCUUUCGUUCUAA